AAGAGCUUUACUACCCCUGCCCAUCUGAAAAAUCACCAAAGAAUUCAUACUGGAGAAAAACCUUACAAAUGCUCAUAUUGUGACAAGAGUUUUGCUCGUUCUGAAAGCCUGACAGUACAUGAGCGAGUUCAUACUGGAGAGAAGCCGUACUGCUGUACUCAGUGUGGAGAGAGUUUCAAAUGUACUAGAGCUCUCACUUAUCAUCUGCUCCGUCACUCUGGAGAAAAGCCAUUUAACUGUGAUCAGUGUGGUAAAAAGUUUAUUUCAUCAUCACAUUUAAAACAACACCUGAAAGUUCAUUCAGAUAAGAAGCCUUAUGUGUGUUCUCUCUGUGAAAGGAGUUUUUCAUGGCUAAAAAGUUUUAAACAGCACCAGAAAAUACAUAAUGAAGUGAGAGAUCAAAGAAUUCAUUCUGGAGAAAAACCUCACACAUGCUCACAUCAUGUAUGUUGUGAUUGUAGGAAGAGUUUUACUAGAGCUGACUAUUUGAAACAGCACCAAAGAAUUCAUACUGGAGAAAAACCUUACAAGUGCUCAUAUUGUGACAAGAGUUUCACUCAGUCUGCACAUCUGAAAUCACAUGAACGACUUCAUACUGGAGAGAAGCCGUACUACUGUACUUGGUGUAGAGAGAAUUUUAAACAUUUAUCAAGCCUUCACAGUCAUAUGAAAGUAUGUUGCAAGUGAGCAACCUUUGUUGGAAAGCUUGGAAAACUACAAAUACUUACAAGUUGAAGCUUCACCAGUCAUCCACUCUAUAAAGUAUAAAGUCAUUGUUGUAGUUUAUUUCUGUCAGGAUGGGUUGUAUGUAAAUCGGUCUUUCUUAAAUUAGAUAUAUUCAUGUCAAUUUCUUAUUUACUACGUGUACUAAAUUGUCUUCUGAUAGUUCAUGCAAUUAUAAGAAAUAAAACAGAAACAUUGUCUUGAUUGAUCUAUUUAAUGAACGCAGAGAAUGAGUUAUUUAGUUUUAAUCACAAUGUGUUUAAACAUUAUUUCUUAAUACUGUGAUAAAUAUGUUUGGGAUGUACAGUAUUAUUGUAAACUAAAUGAUCAGGUCUUGUAUCAUAUAAAGAGGUUGGAGAGGUUGGGUUUUAUUCUUCAUUAAUGACUGCUUAGGAACAAAGCAAUACCAAAGCUUUAGAUAGGGCUCAGCAAAAAAAAAGGAUUUUUUUUCUUCUUUUUUUUCACUCAUUAGGUAAGAAUAGCCUCUGUAUAGUUACACAGUCCCAUUUGACCUUUAUACCCAAAUCACCCUUAAUUCACCCUACAUAGUGAUCCGUGUCUGAGGAUAUAAAGAAAGCAGACUAUUGUCUGUACAAUACUUUUUGUUGCAUGCAUUCUUUCUUCUUUUUAUUAGAUUUUAAAGUUGAAUAAUGUCAUAUAUCUCCAAAAUGCUGCAGUAAAAUGGUUUCAUAUGAGGUGUGCAUAUAGUAUGGGACGUCCCCUAUAAGAACUGGCCAUUGUUUUUUCUACAAACCCGAUUCCAAAAAAGUUAGGACACUACAAAUUGUGAAUAAAAAAGGAAUGUAAUGAUGUGGAAGUUUCAAAUUUCAAUAUUUUGUUCAGAAUAUAACAUAGAUGACAUAUCAAAUGUUUAAACUGAGAAAAUGUAUCAUUUUAAGGGAAAAAUAAGUUGAUUUUAAAUUUCAUGGCAUCAACACAUCUCAAAAAAGUUGGGACAAGGCCAUGUUUACCACUGUGUGGCAUCCCCUCUUCUUUUUAUAACAGUCCGCAAACGUCUGGGGACUGAGGAGACAAGUUGCUCAAGUUUAGGAAUAGGAAUGUUGUCCCAUUCUUGUCUAAUACAGGCUUCUAGUUGUUCAACUGUCUUAGGUCUUCUUUGUCGCAUCUUCCUCUUUAUGAUGCACCAAAUGUUUUCUAUGGGUGAAAGAUCUGGACUGCAGGCUGGCCAUUUCAGUUCCCGGAUCCUUCUUCUACGCAGCCAUGAUGUUGUAAUUGAUGCAGUAUGUGGUCUGGCAUUGUCAUGUUGGAAAAUGCAAGGUCUUCCCUGAAAGAGACGACGUCUGGAUGGGAGCAUAUGUUGUUCUAGAACUUGGAUGUACCUUUCAGCAUUGAUGGUGCCUUUCCAGAUGCGUAAGCUGCCCAUGCCACACGCACUCAUGCAACCCCAUACCAUCAGAGAUGCAGGCUUCUGAACUGAGCGCUGAUAACAACUUGGGUUGUCCUUGUCCUCUUUAGUCCGGAUGACAUGGCGUCCCAGUUUUCCAAAAAGAACUUCAAAUUUUGAUUCGUCUGACCACAGAACAGUUUUCCACUUUGCCACAGUCCAUUUUAAAUGAGCCUUGGCCCAGAGAAAACGCCUGCGCUUCUGGAUCAUGUUUAGAUAUGGCUUCUUUUUUGACCUAUAGAGUUUUAGCCGGCAACGGCGAAUGGCACGGUGGAUUGUGUUCACCGACAAUGUUUUCUGGAAGUAUUCCUGAGCCCAUGUUGUGAUUUCCAUUACAGUAGCAUUCCUGUAUGUGAUGCAGUGCCGUCUAAGGGCCCGAAGAUCACGGGCAUCCAGUAUGGUUUUCCGGCCUUGACCCUUACGCACAGAGAUUGUUACACCCGUAAGACCUUCGUUCAUCUUUGGAACACAAAUUAAGAUAUUUUGAUGAUAUCUGACAGCUCUCUGACUCCUCAGUAGACAGUAAGUUAACCACCACUGUCAAGGUCCAGAAAGGUAAUAAAGACAUUGUUAAAAUAGUCCAUGUGACUACAGUGGUUCAACCUUAAUUUUAUGAAACGAUGAGAAUACUUUUUGUGUGCAAAAACAAAAUAAAAAUACUUUAUUCA